AAAUCCAAAGGCGGGAAACAAAACCCCAACCCCACCCGAGUCCCGACCUGACCCUCUCCAGAAGCUUCCAGAAGGGCCUUCCACGGCACGGACCGCUUUCCCGGAGCCAAUGGCUGCACCUGCGUCGGCGUCGGGCGGCGACACCCCGAAGCAGCUCCUCUCCAUCAUCCGCGACUUCGCCUACGAGAAGUCCCACGGCGAGCGCAGGGUGUCCGACCUCAGGCGGCGCCUCGCCGAUGCGCGCGCCGCGUCAGACGCGGCCGCGGCGGAGCUCGACGCCGCGAAGCGCGCGCGGGAGGCUGCGGAGCAGGACCUCCGCGGGAGCCAGGUGCAAGCCGCGAUCGCCGCCGACUCCAUCCUUGCGCUAGAGGCGACGAUCUCGCAUCUCCAGGAGGAGAUCUCGAAGGCCGGCACUCAUCUGGACGCGCUCAAAAGCAAGGGAGACAAUGAGAGAGAGGAGUUCAUUAGCAACAUGUAUGAGAUGAAUGCAAAGAUAAGGCAAUUUCAACAGAUGGCCUCUCUAGAAUUAGCAGAGCCCAAUCACUGUGAGCUGCCAUCUACAGAAGGUGAACAUGUCAGAGACAAGAGUAAAACUGUGGACUCAGAAGGCAUUUCGAAAGAGUUGGCAGAUAAGGUGAGCAACAUUGAAUCUGAGGUGCAGCUCUUGGAAGAAGAGUAUAAAAAGGAUCUGCUUGAUCAUGAUAAGGUCCGUCAGGAGCUGGCCGAUGUCCAAGCAAAGAGAGCUCUUAUGGAGGCUGUUAUGGGAGAGACAAAGCAGCUGCAGGAGCUCGGCGAAUAUCCUGAAACUCAUCUGAACUGGAGAAGGUGCACGCUUCACUUGCAGAGGAGCUGCAGCGUCGGUACGCAUGCCCCGGUUGCGGAGUCAACAACAUGCCUGGGCCGGAGGAGGCCGCGAACUAGAGGAGGCGUCAGAUGAUGUGCCGUGCAUACACAAAUUUGUCAGAUGGGUGACGUGGGGCUGUGGCUACCGGAUUCUUGAACUUGUUAAUGAGGGAUUUGAUUAUACUCCUAGUCAGUAGAAGCCUUAGACGAGCUUGUCAUACACGUCGGCGAGCUGAGUUCCUGUCUGGAGAAGGUUGAGCUAUGAAAAUUGAGGCAUGUCUGGGUCCUGUCAGAACCUAUACUAUACCCAUUCCUAUACUUUGCCUUCAUCCGAACAAGGCGUUGAUAUGGGUUUGCCUGGUGUUCUUUU